AAAAUGUUGAAAUCAUGAAUUAAAUGGGUUAGAAUGCAAUGUGUAGGUUCGCCAAAGAAGGUGGUUCUCCGUUGGUUUGAAUUGGAUCUAAGUUCACAAAAUUUCUCCGACUUGCCUCGUUGGUAAAAGUAAAGAAACUCAUCUCUUUUUUGUGCUGAUUAUUACUGCUAUAUACUGUACAACACAAUGUAAUGGAACUUGUAACUGUAGAAUAUCUCCAAUUCGUAUCAAUAGCAUGCUGUAUGUGCUGUUCACAACCUGUAAAAAUGUGCGUUCGUUUCACUGUUCUGAAUAUGUUCUGCACAAGUUCCGGACAGACGUCCAAACAAAUGAAUCAGAACAGGAAGUAGAUUAAACAGUAUGGCGACGCUGAAAUGGAUGUGUAUACAACUGCUGCAGGAGUUUCUUGACGAUGACGACAACAAUGACGAUGACGAUGUAAUGGCAACUACCAUGAUGGUAGACAUUAUACAAACUCACACAAGAGAACCCAAAAGUAGAAUUAAAAACUAUUGUGAGGAUGUGGUCUCAAAGUACUCAGAUACCGACUUCAAGAGGAUGUUUAGACUUUCUCGUCCUACUUUCGAUACAGUAAAAGGCUUUUUGCAGAAUUGCCCGGAACUCGGUGUGGAGGGAAACGGAGGGAGAGAACCAAUAUCAGUGGAAAAACAACUAUACGUCACAUUGUGGUACCUGGGUGGAUCGGACAGUAUUAUAAGAAUAGCGGACAGAUUUGGAAUAGCUGAAUCCUCAGUUAUUGUAUGCAGAAAUCGGAUUAUUGACACUAUUUUGAACAAUUUGAAGUCAAAGUUUAUCAUCUGGUCACAUGCCGAAGUGCUUGAACAAACCAUUGACAAGUUUCAUCAACGAAAUGGAUUUCCUGGAAUUAUUGGGGCACUGGACGGCACUCAUAUUUCUAUAAAAGCACCAACUGAAAAUCCUCAGUCUUACGUUAAUAGGAAAGGCUAUCAUUCCUUACAGCUACAAGCAGUCUGCGACUCUGAUAUGAAGUUUUUGAACUGUUACUGUGGAUAUGCAAGAAGUUGUCACGAUGCCCGUGUCUUAAGGAAUUCCGAUUUUUGGAGCUGUGGUUUAGAGGUCUGUAAUGGAAACCAUAUCAUUGCUGACGGAGCGUACCCCGUACGACGAUGGCUAAUGACGCCUUAUCGUGACAAUGGGCAUUUGUCGCAAGAACAGAAACAUUUUAAUCACCUGCUUUCUGCCAACAGAGUGGUCAUUGAAAGAGCGUUUGGACUUUUAAAAGGCAGAUUUCGACGUUUACAUCAUCUCGAUGUACUAAGUAUUCCAACAGCAGUUAAAAUUAGCAUGUGCACUUGUGUUCUGCACAAUAUCUGUCUUAUUCAAAAUGAGGAUAUUGACGACUAUAUGGAACCACUGGAAGUUAAUCAACAACCAAUACCUCAACUGGCUGUUCAGGAAAAUGAGACGGAGGGCAUUAUUAAACGCAACAUUCUUUGCAGAAGACUCAGUGGACAGUAGAUAUUAUGCACAAGAAACAUUCAGUAGUUAAACUCGCUUGAACCAAUUACAAGCGCAUGUAGUAUGCUGCUGAUUGACUUUAUGUUGAAAUACAAUUAAAAGAAAUGAAAACUGAAGA